AUGUUAGCGUCCCCAGUGUGCUAAGAUGACUGUGUUCUACCGAGAGAACGGCACCAACUCCGUGACCCUGGACUACGUGUUCGGGUGUUCACAGUGCCUCAUGCUCAUCACCUCCAGCCUCCUUAACCCCAUCGUCUUCGUCUACCACUUCAGGAACCGGAAGAAGACCACCUCCCUUCUCCUCUUCUUCCUGGCACUCUCUGAUUUCCUGAGUCUAAUAACCGGUCUCCCAGCUGCCAUCUACCACUUCCUCAAACCGGAGAGAGAUUUCAUCGCCCCUCCAACCAUCCUGACCUUCGUCCUGACCAUCCUCCAGCUCUUCUUCUACAGGAUGUCCCUCUUCAUCACCACGAUGAUGAGCGUUCAGAGACUAGUGGUGAUAACCUUCCCAAGAUACGUCAUCAAACCAAGACUCAUUUACACCGUCUUCUUUAUAUGGUUCCUGAAUAUGGUGGUCUGCUUCCUCAUGUACAUGACUGAUGUUGGCAUUCCCCCGAUAGUGUCUGGUGUCCAGAAGUACGAGCUAUCGGAGACCAAGGGUUACUACUGUGUCUGGGACCCCAUGGUGCAGUCACUGACCUGUCCUGUCGGCUGGGAUGACGUCAUCAACAACUUCCUGAUAAAUCUCUUUCUCUUCGCCCUCAUCAACAUUAUCAGCUCCUGCAUCACCAUUGUCAAACUCCUGACAAGAAACACCAAAGUUCACGGGCGAAAGAGCGUGAUAACCAUAGUUCUUCUCUCCAUCUCCUCCUCCUUUAUGUACGCCCCCGCUCCAAUAGGAGCCAUGAUGCUGAACGACUUCGAGGAGUACAACCCUCACAGCUCAGCGGGGACCUUCUCUCGGAAGAUAGAGUACGAGAUAACCUUCUUCCUAAUAAUCAGCUAUCUGCCCCAGAUAACCUCCGUCCUAAACCCCAUCAUCCUCCUGGUCAGGGGCUCUCAGUUACAGGAGUUCGUUAAACAGGUCCUGUGCGGGAACUUCAAGGCGAUGCCUCGCCACGAGCGAAGCUCUGCAAGGACAAAAACAACUUUUCAGUCAGGCAAACGACUUGAGGAUCCGGAAAAUGUUAUUACAAUGAAUAAAAUGGCAGUUUCUGAGACAACUAGUACAAGCCAUUAGUUGUGGAUAUUAGAACAUGACAAACUUAUUCGAGCUAUUAUUUCUCAGCUUGCUGUAUAAAUCUUAUAAAUUUAAUCAGAAUAUGGUUAUUGCCUAUUAUUGUUCGAAGUCAGAUGAUAAGUAUUCGACCCGUGUAGAACGUUAUACACCACGAUUGAUUUUUGUGACAUUUCAAUAUUAAGCGACGAUAAAGCUUGACUUUUGACACAUUUCUAAGCCUCAAUCUUAAUUACAUUCAAAUUAAUGCUGAGAUGUGAUGAAAUUAUUUUACGA